AUGCCCCAACCACCCACCCCUCGCACCCUGUCCUCCUUGAUCGCCGCCUUCACCUCCUUCCUCACCGUCUCCAUCCACACCAUCCUGCACCAACGCUCGCUCUACCCUCAAUCAUCCUUCCUCACUGCUCGCGCCUACAACUACCCCGUCCGCCAAUCCCGCCACCCGGCCGUCUGCGCCUGGAUCACCGAUGCCGUCGCCGCCGUCGAGGCCGAGCUACUACGCAACAGCGUCGCGCGGGUCGCGCUCGUAAUCUACUCAGCCGGCAUCAAACCGCUUGAGCGCUACAUCUGGGACGUGUCGCGCUUCCCCGUCGUCGCGCGGCCACAGGACCGAGAGACGAUGUUUGCCAGCUCGAGCGCAACAGCAGCGAGUGACGCGAAGAAGACAGCGGUGGCGGCAGAUCAGGGCGAGGAGAACGUAGACCUGGAAGAGCAAUUCCGCGCCGCGCUGGCUAAGCUGACCGUCUGCGGCGACGUGCUCGCGCCGCUGCCUCCUGGGUGCACGUUCACGGUGGCGGUGGAGAUGAAGGACGAGGUUGAUGUCGACCCGCCCGUCGGGCACCCGCAGCCGUGGAUACCGGUGCAACCAGAUCUGCAGGCCGUGAGGAGGAGUAGGAUCGGUGAGGACGAGAAUGAGCUAGGGCGGGAGCUGGGAGGGGCCAAGACGACACCCGUGCGGUCGGUGAGGGCGGGGGAGAUGAUUUUCGAGAUGUGGAUCGAGGAGGGGAAGGCCAAAGUGGAUAUGAUGGAGAGUUCGGGGUCGAAUGCAAGCUCGGUGGAUUACAGGUAG